AGUAAAUCAGAACCUUUUUGAAGUCUGUUGUCAAGUCAAUAAAAUUGUCAAGUUGUCCCAAAAUUGUUCUAUUUUAUUAUUUUAAUUAACAAAAUAUCUUAUAAAUUUUAUACUUGCUAAUGGUGUGCAAAGGUUUAUAUUUAAAACGAAUUAUAUUUCAUUUAGUUGGAUAAAUAAGCUUUCAGUUUAAAUACAAAAUGAUAAAUGUUUAAGCGAAAUGGGCUCAAAAUCUCAAAUAUAUCACGAAAAACAAGAAAAAGAACUGUGUGCUUUGCAUGCCCUUAAUAAUUUAUUCCAGACACGUAACACAUUUUCAAAGUCAGAAUUGGAUACAAUAUGCAGUAGACUGUCCCCAAAUGUGUGGAUUAAUCCCCACCGAUCUAUGCUAGGCCUUGGCAACUAUGACAUCAAUGUAAUUAUGGCUGCUCUUCAGAAGAAAGGCUGUGAAGCUGUAUGGUUCGAUAAAAGAAAAGAUCCUGGCUGUCUCGACCUAUCAAAUAUAUGUGGAUUUAUUUUAAAUGUGCCAUCAGAUUAUAAGCUGGGUUUUGUGAUGUUACCUUUACGACGACGGCACUGGAUAACCAUCAGGCAGAUACAGGGCAAUUUUUAUAACCUGGAUUCUAAGUUAGACUCUCCACAGUUAAUAGGAAGGAGUAGUGAUCUAAUAGCGUAUUUAAAGGAACAAUUGGACAGCAAAGAAAAGGAAUUAUUCAUAGUUGUGAGCAAAGAAGUUGAAGAGAAACAGUUGUGGAUGCAUCAGUACACUCUUAAAAACCAACAGGACUCACUUUCCAACCACAAAGAAUCUGACGUUCACUGUGCAAGUCCUGACAGCCCUUCCUAUGAUUACAAUAACCGUGAUUCUGAAUGCCUGCGGCUAAACGAGGUCACGAACUGUGUUGUUAAUAAUGAAAACUAUUAA